UGGCGGACGUGAGUAGACGUGUUUUGAGCGCGGAUCGACCACGACUGGACUCAACAAUUUGGCGCAGCCGGUAGAAUGAUGAAUGGUGAUGAAACGUAUCGAAUGCCGUUAGGCACGUUCAAUGACAAAGCUGAUUCCCAUGAUUUGCGCCGAGAAUGGGAAGAGUGGCACCGAGCCUUCGAACUUUACCUUGAAAUGCGAAAUAUCGAAGCACAGCACGAUAAGCUGGUAACUAUGCUGGCAGUUGGAGGAAGAGGACUGCAGCGUAUAUUUUUCAAUUUGCGUCCUGGGGCGGAGGAAAUUACAUCAGAACCCGUGAAGAUCCCACUGAUGCCACCGGAAAUUCCAGAGUAUGACAAUGCCAUUAAGCGUCUGGAGAAAUUUUUCGUCGGCAAGAGAAACGAACGGGUGGAACUCGAGGUUUUUCGUUCGAUUAAGCAGUCAAGCCAAGAGUCAUUCAACAAUUUCAUUCUGCGAUUGCGCUCUCAAGCCUCGAGAUGUGAGUUUUCCAGCCGUGAAGAAACUGAGAUCCUUCAACAGAUCACAAUGGGUGCCCGAGACGACAAAGUAAGGGACAAAGGACUUGAAAAUGCAAUGACCCUGGAUGAGGUUAUCAACUAUGCUAUAAAUCGCGAAAUUCUCGUGAACCAAAGGGAGAAGCUAAAACCAUUCCGAGGAGAAACGGAACUAAACCACGUUAGUUCGGGACAAAAUCGAAACAGAAAUGCAAGUCUAAAACGGGAUUCGAAAGGGUAUCGUCAAUUUGAAAGACAACCUUACGGUAGACAAGGUGAAUCAAGGAAACAGCAUGGCCGUUUCGGAGUUCAAUGCGACCGCUGUGGAUCAACAAGACAUGCAAGGGAUUCUCGUGAGUGUUUCGCUCGAGGUGCGACGUGUAAUCGUUGUGGACAUAGGGGACACUAUGCCAGGAAAUGCAUCGCAAAUAGUAGCAGCCAACGAGAGUCUCGCUAUGCCAGACGUGCAAAUGAUGAAGAUGUAACUAACUCUUUGGAAAGCUCAAAAGAAAAAUGGGAAGAAAAUGUACCUCACCGUCCGACUGCAGAUGAUGUGGCUAAGGUAGAGUAGGGUUCUUAUUUUUA